CGUCGAGGUUGGCCGGCAGGGGGCGGGUGGGGCCGAGCAUGGUAACGGGGCUGAGCAGGCGAGAGAGGCGGAGAAACCUGUGCCCACUGGUGCUCCUGCUGCUCCUGCCUCUUCUUCCUGCGUCUCCGGUGGCCCGCGCGGGCCUCUGCCACCAUGAUGAUCCACGGCUUCCAGAGUAGCCACCGGGACUUCUCCUUCGGGCCCUGGAAGCUCACGGCGGCCAAGACGCACAUCAUGAAGUCGGCCGACGUGGAGAAGCUGGCCAAUGAGCUGCACAUGCCGUCGCUCCCAGAGAUGAUGUUCGGGGACAACGUCCUCCGGAUCCUGCACUGCUCCGGCUUCGGCAUCGAGUUCAAUGCCGCCGAUGCACUGAGGUGUGUCAACAACUGCCAGGGGAUGCUGAAGGUGGCUUGCGCUGAGGAGUGGCAGGAGAGCAGGUCGGAGGGAGAACACUCCAAGGAGGUGGCGAAGCCAUAUGAUUGGACCUACACCACUGACUAUAAGGGCACACUCCUGGGAGAGGCGCUCAAGCUAAAGGUUGUCUCUACAACGGAUCACAUUGACACAGAGAAGCUAAAAGCCAGAGAACAGAUCAAGUUUUUUGAAGAAGUUCUCCUGUUUGAAGAUGAGCUUCAUGACCAUGGCGUGUCCAGCCUGAGUGUGAAAAUUAGAGUUAUGCCUUCUAGCUUUUUCCUGCUGCUGCGAUUUUUUCUGCGCAUCGAUGGGGUGCUUAUCCGGAUGAACGACACUAGGCUAUACCACGAGGCUGACAAGACCUAUAUGUUGCGGGAAUAUACAUCGAGAGAGAGCAGAAUUGCCAAUUUAAUGCAUGUUUCGCCGGCCCUCUUCACAGAACCCAAUGAGAUCUCACAGUAUUUGCCCAUAAAGGAGGCCAUCAGUGAGAAGCUCUUGUUUCCUGAACGAAUUGAUUCAAACCCUGCAGACUCACAGGAAAAGACUCUGCUGAAUUAGCAGAUGAGGCAGCGAGGAUGCGGCCUGAGCCUGGGACCCCCAGCUUGCACCCCCAACUUGAUGGGACAAUAUUUUUCCAAGGAGGUUCAGCGGCUUUGUUUAUGCCGAGUUCCUGUAGCCUUAAAGGAAAAUAAUGAAAUAAAAGGUUUGUUGUAGGCAGGCCCCACAGCA